AUGCCGCGCUUAGCAAGACUGGCUUUGGCCAUUUUCGGACUCGCUGUUCCAGCGCUUGCUAAGAAAGUUGACAUUUUGAGUCUGCAGGAUGGCGACCAAGUGCCCGGCAGAUACAUCGUGAGCCUCAAGCCUGAUAUAGAUAUUGGGGCCCACUUGGAUUGGGUGCUCAAUGUGCGCAAACGGAGCCUCUCUCCUUGCAGUACUAAUGGUCCCGAGAAGACAUAUGGGUUCAAGGGCUUCAACGGAUAUGCGGGCGAAUUCGACGAGAAGACUAUCGCGCAGAUCAUGGUCAAUGAAAAUGUCCUGGCCGUUGAACCCGAUAGAGUCGCGCGUCUGACGUCCGUAGUACAGCAGACUAAUGCGCCGUGGGGUAUUGCAAGCUUAUCUUCGCGAUCGCAACUUGCUAACGACAACUCGCGGGGUCACACGUAUUCUUAUAGUGACUGCGCAGGGACUGGAACGUAUGCCUACGUGCUAGACUCUGGAGUCCUAACCAAUAACAGCGAGUUCGGGGGCCGCGCCAUCAAGGGUUAUAACACAUGGACAGGCACAGAGUCCUUCGACGACCACUUCGGCCACGGAACCCAUGUCGCAGGAACCGUUGCAUCAAAAACUUUUGGCGUGGCAAAGAAUGCGACUAUUGUAGACGUCAAGGUUGUUAGAGGGCCGGGUUACUCGACCAUCUCCCACGUUAUCGACGGGAUAAAUUGGGCCGUGAACAAUAUUACCUCAACGCCGGGACGAGCUGGCAAGUCCGUCAUCAACAUGAGUCUAGCGUUUACGACCUCGUCAGCCCUCAACAACGCCGUCAAUGCUGCCUCUCUACUAGGCAUACUCUCCGUAGUUAGCGCAGGCAAUGAUAAUGCCGAUGCCUCGACACGUUCUCCCGCCUCAGCCGAGUCCGCCUUGACGGUAGGCGCCGUAGGUUGGGAUCGGACCCGACCUUCAUGGAGCAAUUUUGGACGUGACGUCGACAUAUUCGCUCCCGGAGUCGAUGUGCCCUCGCUGUGGAACGUGGAAGGCCUUGAGACCCUCGAAUCUGGUACUUCUAUGGCGUCGCCGCAUGUCGCAGGCCUUGCGUUGUACCUCAAGGCACUCGAAGAUGGUCUGGAUUCGCCUGCCAAGACGGUUGCCCGCAUCAAGGAGUUAGCUAUCGCGGAUGUCGUUAUUGAUGCCGGGAACGGCAGCCCGAAUUUAUUGGCUUAUAAUGGUAUUGCGUGA